AUGGUCAGAACAUCACUCGAGAAUUGCGAAGAGGGAGUGAAGGUUGGCGGUCAACUGGUAAAAGCAGUGAGAUUUGCGGAUGACCAGGCUAUGGUAGCAGAUUCAGAGAAGGGGUUACAAGAAAUAAUGGACAGUCUGAAUGCAGUUGUUGAGGAUUUUGGAAUGAGUCGACAUAAAGAAAACGAAGCAAAGGAUGCCUUUAACUCAAGAAGAGAACUGCUAACGAAGAAGUUCAAUUUACGGCUGAAAAAGAGGAUGAUUAAAACCUUAGUGUGGAGCGUGCUAUUAUACGGGUCAGAGUCGUGGACACUGAAAAAGGAAGAUAUCAGGAGAUUGGAAAGUGCAGAUAUAGCUAAAGAAGGCGUGGCCAUUAGUAGCUUCCUCCGUGCACUUAGAAUCUGCAGGCCAGAGUUCCUGGAAGAGGAAAUGUGA